GAUGCUGAAAGGUCCGAUGGUGAACAACGAGAUUUUUUCAAUUUAUCUUUUUUUAGACAUCAUAUUGAAUCAUUAGCAGAAUUAAUGCUAUCAAAAUUCGAUUUUUUCCAGAAUUUUUCAGAAGAAAAAGUUCUUAGUCCACAAAAUAAACGUUAG